AUGCCCUCGCUCUUCAAGUAUGCCACUGCGGCGCUGGCCGUGGCGGCUCCUCUGGUCUCGGCGCAGACCUACACUGACUGCAACCCUCUCGAGAAGACUUGCCCGUCCGAUGCCGGCAGUACCGAGUCCAAGAUGACCUUUGAUUUCACCAAGUCGUCCGGUCUGGACAAGUGGACCACCACUGCUGGCUCCGUCUCGACCAGCUCCAACGGGGCGGCCUUCACUUUGGCCAAGAAGGGUGAUGCGCCCACCAUCGAGACCGACUUCUACAUCUUCUUCGGAACCGUCUCCGUCACCAUGCAGGCCGCUCCCGGCACUGGUGUGGUCAGCUCCAUUGUCUUCGAGUCCGAUGAUCUGGAUGAGAUCGAUUGGGAGGCUCUCGGCGGUGACACCACCACCAUUGAGACUAACUACUUCGGCAAGGGGGACACCACCACCUACGACCGUGAUACCUGGCCUGCGGUCUCUAACCCUCAGACUACCUUCCACACCUACACUGUGGACUGGAACAAGGACCGCAUCAUCUGGUCUAUUGAUGGCAAUGCUGUCCGCACUCUCGCUUACAGCGAUGCCCAGGGUGGUGCUCGCUUCCCCCAGACCCCCAUGCGUGUGCGUCUCGGUAUCUGGGCUGGCGGUGACCCCGACAACGGCCAGGGCACCAUCGAGUGGGCUGGCGGUGAGACCGAUUACUCCCAGGCUCCCUUCACCAUGUAUGUGAAGUCCGUGGAGAUCACCAACAACAACCCCGCCAGCUCCUACACCUACUCCGACAAGACCGGCUCCUAUGGCAGCAUCAAGGUGAACGGCGGCUCUUCCGUGAGCGAGACCACCAGCUCCACCAGCUCCACCUCUUCCUCCAGCUCCAAGACCACCGAGGGCUCCACCACCACCGCUACCACCAUGACCACCGCCACCAAGUCUUCCGCAACUGGCAAGUCCACCACCCUGACCUCCGGCUCGGCCACCGCCUCUUCCUCUGGCGCUGCUGGCUCCAGCUCCGGCUCCAGCUCCAGCACUGGCUCCAGCUCUGGUUCGGGCUCUGGUUCGGGCUCGGCCUCUGGCACUGCCUCGAGCACUGCUGCCAGUGCUUCGGCCACCUUCAACGCGGCCGCCAACGUGGUUGCCUCCUACAUGGGCCCUCUUUCCAUCCUGGGCCUGAUCACUGCCUUCAUGCAGCUGUAA